CCUCUCCCCUCCGCCACCACUUGUCUUAGCUACUCCACCCUUCCAUCCUCCAUCCAUCCACCUCCACUGCGUCCUCAGCCCAGCAUCCAUCAUCCACUCGCACUUAUCCUCAUCGUCGUCGCAUUCCGUGACUCCAGAAGGCACCUUGUCGCGUGCUCAUCUUCUGUCCAGUAGUCGCUUUGCAGACUUUUGUAUCCUUUCAUCUCUAUUAUUGUAGUCUACUAAACAUACAGUAUGGGCCUCAACUACUACGCCUCGUCGCCAACCGUCGUCCUGCCGCCCCAGCAACCGCAGGGCUACUUCUCCCGCCACCAGGGCGCCGUCGCAUCACCAAUGGGUAACUUCCGCCCCAAAUACCCUACUCCACCCUCGCUCAACUAUCUAGCCGCCGUGUCCAAUGCCACCGCUGGGCGCAAACGAUCCAUCGCCGACGUUGACGAGCCGGAGGAGAACCUACCCGUCGGAUCCAUUGUUACUCAAGCACCUGCGAAAGCCAAGCCCGAGCCCGUGUAUGGCCCAGGCAUGACGCUCAUCUACCCGGGCGAGCCUGGCUACACGAUGGCUGCCGAGUCGCAAUCGGGCACUUGGUACGAAGAGAAGAUUGAAAAGGAAGAGAAGGCGGAAGCUGCUGCUCGCCCCAUUGCCAUCUCGCGCAAAUCAGUGCGCAUGAGCCCGGCGUCGAACGUCCACAUCGCCUCGCUCAACGACAUGGACGCUCAGAAGACGGAAGAGCUCAUCGACGACAACGGCACCACGAUCAACACUCUGAUCUCGUCGCUCGGCGUGGGCUGGAAGAACGUCAUGUCCAACCCCAACCUGCGCGACGCGGCGCGCGCCUACUCGCGUGUGAUUGAGCGCCACUUUGACUUUACCGACGCUCUCGUGAUGCUGGAGAAGGAGUCACUCAACGCGUACCUGGUGCGCGCAAAGCAGCACGGCGUGCAGGGCUACUGGCUGUUCUCGGACAGCCUGCAGUGGUGCCAGCUCGUUGGCUGGUCGCUGGAGCGCACUGUCAACAACCUCAUGUUUGGUGCCACUCCUCGCGUCGAGGGCGAGCGCAUCAAUGCCCGUCACCUUACUCCUUCGUCGGAACACUCAACAACUCCCCAUGCCCCACCAGCCGUCGACAUGGCCAUGGCCACUGGCGAUGCCGAUGCCAUGGAGAUGUAAAGCCCCCCUCGUCUCGUCCCUUCUCUUCCUUCUCGUGUCGUUUCUACUCUAUACUGGCAACAAAAAAUCACCUCGGUUGUCCUCGUUGGCUGCAUUGACCGACGAUUGUUUCUGUCUUGGGUUCUUUCUUCUUCGGCACACCGGCGUUUGCGAUGGAUACGAAUGGCUCACCGGAAGUGACUCCAUUUGACAUGUAUGAUAUUAUUAUGCUCACUACGACUGCUUGAUCGGAUAGGUUCGAUCGCGUCUCUCAGCACCGUGCCACUAAACUUGUCAGGCAACUGAUCAAU